AUGGAGGAGCUGCGGCAGAAGCACGCGGAGAACAUGCAGACGGUCGACGAGGCGCGCUCAAAGGCGCUGCGCCUCGAGAUCGACGAGCUGUCGCGCGAGGCCAGCAACGCGGCCAGGGCGGCGAAGGACAAGCUCGACGCGAUGUCCAGGAAUACGGCCAAUCUGAAGAAGACGCCGGACAGCGUGCAUGCCAACAGCGCCGUCAUCCGCAUCGAGGAGAACCAGCACAUGUACCUCGUGGUGAAGCUGGCCACGAUCAUGGCCGAGUACCAGCGUCACCAGUCCGCCAACGAGGCCUUCUACAAGGCGCAGACGCAGCGCCAGAUCAAGAUCAAGUACACCAACCUCGACGGCAGCGCCAUCGACGACUCGAUAGCGGCGCAGCUGGCAGAGCAGGUGAUGGAGAACAACACGUCUAGCUACAUCUUCCAGCAGAGCAAGGAGGUGCUUGCCUCCAUCAUCGAGACACGCAACGACAUCUACCGCAUCGAGCAGUCCAUGCGUGAACUGAACCAGCUCUUCAACGAUCUAGCCCUCUUGGUGAAUGAGCAGGGCGAAAUCAUGGACGUGAUUCUCGCCAAUGUUCAGCGGAGCAUUCGGUACGUGGAGAAGGGCAGCGCAGAGCUGAAGAAGGGACGCAAGUAUCAGAAGAAGAGCCGCAAGAAGCUGAUUUGCUUCGUGGUGUGCAUCGGGAUUAUAGUUGCUCUGUUUGUUCUUGUUGGUGUGCUCGCCGGCACCAUCAAGAUCCCAUGA